CCUUGCUAACCUAGUGUUUAUUUCCACUUACCACCACAUCCACCAUCCUGCAACCCACCAGCCCUUGCGACGGUUCCUCCAGCCACCUAGGAUAUGGCUUGCCUGCUGACGAUUUUACACGCGGUGGAUCCCUCAUCGUAUAUAUACCCUGUCGAACGGUCAACUCGGAGGAAGAAGACCCGUGCAGCAAUUGCUUCGACAGCUUGCUGUGCUCAAUGUAUUCCUCGGAGUCGUCCAAUGCGUCCGGGAGGGGGGCAGCGCUGGUCGCAAGUGAUAACUCCAGAGCGCAUUCAUCGAGGCCCGAGCAGGUGUCUGACGCCACCAAUUCUGGGGUCGAGGGGUCAUCGUGAGUCUGCCUUCUCGAUAUUGAAUUAUCUCAUGGAACGUCCUCGCAGAAAUGAUGGUCUCCAAACGAGACCUCCAGUGGUUCAUCGUGAGACAUACCCAAGAGAGGCGCGUCGUUCCGGGCCUCUAGUUCGCAGUGGCAGUGGUACUACCGCAUGGAACACGCACCUGGAUGGUGAAUACUCUUACAUCCCACCACCUUUCGGGUAUCCUGCGGUGUCCGCGAGCUGCGGCAACAUGGACUAUCGUCAAUGGCGCGCGUUACGGGAAAAUGAGACACGCCCGGGCGCAAUCGAUUCAGGAGCAGGAUUUGACUUCAUCGACCAAUCUGAGCAAGAUAUAGUUCCGCAAGCUCACUGUAUCGCUCCCAAUUUGCUAGCAUUGGACACGAUAAAUACAUCUCACGAUGGAAAAUUGUCUCAGCAGAUGGGAAAUCUAUCACUCAUUCAGACAUCAAGGCCCACUUGCCCUACUUCGCUCGACGUAGGCGUUAGCCAUGGUCGCACGUCGACCAACGAGACCGCGGUUCCAAUCACGUCACCGACCGUAAUUGUACUAUCUACGAAUGGCGAGCGAGCCCCAUGCCGAUAUGGGAGCGGAGAUGGAUGCGGUCUUUCUGUAGACCUCUCGAGCAUCAGCGGAUUGAAGGUGCAUCUAUACGAGCGACACCUACAAGAGAUGCUAUUCUACACCUCCGUGGACGGCAAAUCGAUGGUGUCCUGUACCUGGGUCUCGGGAGAGAAGAUAUGUGGUCAGGCUGUUGCACGAGAUAGGAUCACAAAGCAUGUGGCUGUGGUUCAUCUUCGAAUGACCAUGCAGCAGUGCACCUAUUGCGGCGCAUUCAUCACUCGCGGAGACGCAUUGCUUCGUCACUUGAGGCGGGGCGAUUGCAAGCGCAUUCCUGACGACGAGCGAGAACGUCUCAGGCAGGUCUAUAAAGCUAGAAAACGGCGCCGGGGAACGAACACUUGAUGAACACGUGGCCAUAGAGAAUCAUGUCUUUGGGUUUACU